CCGCUCCACUCCUCCAUCCUGUCAAUCCAUCACCACUGAAAUACAGCAGCUCAACACCAGCAGCCAUUGACAUCCACCGACAAUCCAAAUGCCCAAUGCGACUCCUCCACCAAACAUGCCGCACCUACGCUUCCCAAUCUAAGCUCCCACCACGUCCCCGACGACUAAACCAAACCAUCUCCCUAGACCACGUACAUCUUCCUCAUCCCCCAAUUGCCCUCCUCCUACUAACCAACCAGUUCCUCCAACGCGGCCGCGCUCUCGCAUUAUGGCGCACCAUCAUCCGCGACUGCAGACGGAUCUCUGAUCCCAAUACCAGGAACGAGACAUUAGGGUUUGCGAGAGAGGAGUUUAGGAGGAAUGUGGAGGUUAGGGAUAUUGUAUGUUGAGAAAGUUCCUCGGGGAGAGGAUGUGGGCUAAUUGGGGGUCAAAAGACGCAGAUUCGGUAUCUGAUAUCGACGGGGAAGACACAGUGGGAGAGUAUGGGGCGAUAUAUCGAUGGGCUAUGACGAAGGAAAAAACGAUGGCCUGCAGAGUGGAGUGUGGAAU